AUGGUUGGUUUUAAUUCCGCCGUUGUUUCAUCAGCCCUUUUUGGGUUGGUGUUUGCCGUGCCGCAGAAUAUACAGAGUCAUUCCGGAUCGUGGAAGAAUAAGAUUAAUAAUGUCGUCGUAUUGGUGCAGGAGAAUAGGAGUUUCGAUACGUUUGCUGGGGGAUUGGAUUAUGCGAAGAUGGAUGGGUUGGUGAGGCAUAAUUAUUGUAAUUCUAUGUGAGCUUUUUCCCUCGAUCAGAUAUCUUGAUACAGGAUACUUAUAUCAUUCCUUUGAUAGGAAUUCCUCAGAUCCGGCGCAACACGAUGAUGUUUGUGCUAGUCCUCGAGCAAAUGAUGUCGCACCCGAUGAUCCAAACCACAGUAUCGCGGGUAUAAACAUGCAAGGUACACCAACUGUAUCCCUCCAACAUAAGAGACCAACUAACACACAACAAGUCUACAGUACAUGGCAUCCCGACUCCGCCUCCAAACCAAACAUGCGUGGCUUCGUAACCGAACAAUCAAUCUCCUUCAAAACCCUAAACAAGACCCGGGCAGCCGAAGCAAUAAACUACCACCUCCCCAGCCAAAUCCCCGUCUUCGCCUCUCUAGCCGAGAACUAUGUCCUCUUCGACCGAUGGUUCGCCUCCGUCCCGGGCCCAACGAAUCCGAACCGUGCUUACUUGACCUCUGGAACCUCAGCUGGUCACGGCUCGAACGACCAAGCCUUUGAUAUUUACGGUCUCCCCCAGAAGAGCAUCUUCGAACAAUUAAGCGAGAAAGGGAUAUCUUGGAUGAACUACCAGAACAGUACACUCGGCCCCGGACAAGGAUUCAACCCUGACGCGGCGUUUUACACUUGGACAAACACGAGCGGAACGAAGGAUACCAACAUAGCUCCUCUCACGAAGUUUUACGAGGACGCGAAGAAUGGGGAUUUACCCCAGUUCACAUGGAUCAAUCCAGAGUGCUGUUCUUACCAAUCUUAUCACCCACCCAGUCCGAUAUCCAUGGGUGAACUCUUCACAAAAGAUAUCUAUGAAGCUCUGCGUGCCUCCCCACAAUGGGAUUCAACCCUCUUCGUGCUAACCUUCGAUGAACACGGUGGUUUUGGAGAUCAUGUAGCGCCUCCGAUAAAUGUGCCUGCCGGUGAUGAUAUCACGUACACCGAAAAGGCACCUGAUGGACAAAAUUACACCUUCGACUUUACUCGCUUGGGUGUUAGGGUCCCGACAUUGGUGAUUAGUCCUUGGGUCAAAGGGGGAGUAAUAGAGACGAAGGGCAGGAACAAUGGGGGUUUGUAUAGUCAUACCAGUCUCUUGAAGACUGUGAAUGAGCUUUGGGGACUGGAUGAUUUGACGGAGAGGGUGGGAUGGAGUAGUAGUUUUGAACAUUUGAUUCAAGAUACCAAGAGGGUUAACACGCCGAAGGAUUUGCCAGAUCCAACGACUUGGUAA